AAACCGUCCAAUUAAAUAUAUAUUCCCCAAAAGUCGUUACAACACUUUCUACACAUAUUUUUAUCCAAAACAAAAAAAGAAAAGAAAAAAAAAAUGUCUAUCCAAUCAACACACUUCUUCUUCAUCUUCUUCAUUCUACAGUUUCUCCAGCUGAUCACUACUUUCUGCCAUUGUUACACACCAAUCCAGAAGCCAGUAGAAUACCCAUGCCUUCCACCGCACAACUCAUACCCCUUCUGCAACACUUCUCUCCCCUUCAAAACCAGAGCUCAAUCCCUAAUCUCCCUCCUCCACCUCGACGAGAAGAUCCAGCAGCUCUCCAACAACGCCUCCGCCGUCCCCAGGCUCGGUAUCCCGCCGUACGAGUGGUGGUCGGAGUCCCUCCACGGAAUCUCCUACAAUGGCCCCGGCGUCUCCUUCAACGGGACAAUCGAAUCCGCCACGGGCUUCCCACAGGUCAUCGUCACCGCCGCCGCCUUCAACCGCAGCCUCUGGUCGGCGGUUGCUGCCGCCGUCGCGGUUGAGGCCGUGGCGAUGCGGGGCGCCGGCCAGGCCGGAUUGACGUACUGGGCGCCGAAUAUUAAUAUUUUCAGGGACCCCAGGUGGGGCAGAGGGCAGGAGACGCCGGGGGAGGAUCCCAUGGUUACGUCUGAUUAUUCCGUGGCCUACGUCAGAGCUUUUCAGGGGCAAAAUCGUCCGGUGGAGGACACAUAUGGGCGGCGGAGGAGAGUGUUGAGUGACGAUGAUGGUGAUAGAUUAAUGCUGUCUGCUUGCUGCAAGCAUUUUACUGCUUACGAUUUGGAGAAAUGGGGGCAGUUUACCAGAUACAAUUUCAACGCCAUUGUCACAGAUCGAGAUAUGGCUGACACGUACCAAGUACCGUUCAAAAGUUGCAUCCAACAGGGCAAUGCCAGCUGUUUGAUGUGCUCUUACAAUGCCGUUAACGGAAUACCGGCAUGCGCCAACCACGACCUCUUACAGAAAGCUCGAAACGAAUGGAAUUUCAAAGGAUACAUCACCUCUGACUGCGAUGCCGUGGCUACCAUUUACGAAGAUCAAAAGUAUACAAAAACUCCCGAGGAUGCUGUUGCAGCUGCUCUAAAAGCAGGAACGGACAUAACCUGCGGAACAUAUAUGUCCCUUCACAUGAUGUCUGCAUUUAAACAGGACAAAGUGUCGGAGGAAGAUAUCGAUCGAGCCCUACUUAAUCUUUUCACCGUUCAGCUCCGUCUUGGACUUUUCGACGGAGAACUCGCAAGAAAUCGGUUUGCAGAAACAGGACCUCAAGAUGUAUGCAAUUCCGAACACAGAAAAUUGGCUCUCGAAGCAGUGCAACAGGGUAUUGUUCUUCUGAAAAACGAGAAGAAACUCCUCCCCUUGGAUAAACACUUGGUCUCUUCACUAGCUGUUAUUGGUCCAAUGGCUAAUUCGACCAAUCUCGGUGGUACCUAUGUAGGUGUUCCGUGCAACCCAAUAAGCAUUCUUGAAGGGCUUAAAGAAUACGUAAACACUGUCUAUCAUGCUGUUGGCUGCCAAGAUGUGUCUUGCAAUUGGAAAGCUGAUUUUGCAGAAGCGGUUUCGGUUGCUGAAAAGGCCGAUUACGUGAUUUUUGUGGCGGGUUUGGAUUUAUCGCAAGAAACGGAGGAUCUUGACCGAAAUACCCUCCUCUUACCGGGGUAUCAGAUGGAGCUCGUUCUUUCUGUUGCGGCAGUGUGUAAGAAGCCGUUGAUAUUAGUUCUUACCGGUGGUGGGCCCGUUGAUGUGUCAUUUGCUGUGGGGGACCCACGUGUCGGCGGGGUUAUCUGGAUCGGUUAUCCUGGAGAAACCGGUGGGACCGCACUUUCGGAAAUCAUUUUUGGACAGUAUAAUCCAGGAGGAAGACUACCCGUAACUUGGUACCCCGAAUCAUUCACGAGCGUGCCGAUGACCGACAUGAACAUGCGGGCCGACCCGUCUCGUAACUAUCCGGGUCGGACCUACCGGUUCUACACGGGUGAUCAAAUAUACAGGUUUGGAUACGGGCUGAGCUACACAAGCUUCACUUACAAACUUUUAUCAGCACCGAGAAGAUUGAGUUUACGUGGGCCCACAUCAAAGGCAGCUAGACAACGGAAGCACAUGCUUUACCAGACAGGAAAAGACAACCUCGAUUAUGUCUACGUCGAUGAGGUGGCGCGUUAUUGCGGCUCGUUGAGGUUUGAGGUGGAAAUUUCGCUGACCAACAAUGGAGAUAUGGGUGGAGAUGAAGUUGUGCUUUUGUUUGCGAAGGCUUCGAAAAGAAUCGAGGGUUCUCCUGAAAGGGAGCUGAUCGGAUUUGAGCGUGUGCAUGUAAAAUCGGGCGGAAGUGGUCAAACUAGGUUUAAGGUUGACCCGUGCGAACAGUUUAGCACCGUUGAUGUGAGUGGGGAGAGAAUAUUGCUGAUCGGGGAUCACAUUUUAAAGUCGGAAAAUAUAGAGCACGUUGUCUCGAUUGAGAUGAUAUGAUUCGCAAACCUUUCGGCGGCUUCUUUUUCUCGUUUUUUUUUUCGGUUUUAUUUUACCGAAUGAAGUUGUAAUGCUUGUGUUCUUGAAAAAAAAAUGAUCGUGAAGAGCAAGCAAUAAUCUUUUCAGUGUGUGGACAAAAUUAUUGCAGAGGGGAAAUUACAACAGAAGAACACUCACACACACACACACACACACACACAACCGUGUGGGUGUGUGUUUGGGUGUGAUGAUACAUAAGACAUUUGAAUGGAUGACGUGGAAAAAAGCAUGGUGGUGAACACAUGCAUGUUUGUUGUUAAUAAUAAUAAUAAUAGAGUGUGGUUGUGGUGUGUAGAUUCUUGAAUAAUAAUGUAAGCAAGAGAAUGUAUGUAUGUACAUGUGUAUUAUUGAUGAUGAAACCAACGCGGGAAA